AUGUCUGUCCGGUUCGGACAUCUGCUCUCGCGCAACUUCCAGCGAUGCGCUAUACGACUGCCAGUUACUUCGACCCUGGCCAAACAUUCCCUUAGGAGGCUUCCAAUUGCGCCCCUAUUGACCUCGAGAGACUUUCAUGUUACACCUCAGUUCCGCGUUCCAGCUGGCACUGCGAACGCUGGGAUCGAAGUUGAAGAUGCUGGAGAGGAAGCACUGAUCACAGAAUUUGCAGAGCUGGGAGAGAAGGGCGUGGUAGACCAGCGAUUGAUUAAUGCUAUCACAAAGGGAAUGGGAUUGAAGACCAUGACUGAUGUUCAAGCCCAAACUAUCAACGAGAGCAUUCAGGGAACUGACAUGAUCGCGCAAGCAAAGACUGGAACUGGCAAAACCGUUGCCUUCCUUCUCCCAGUUAUUCACAGGAUUCUUCAAGACCCUACUAUCGGCAACCUGCGAAGAAGUUUUACGUCACCACAAGAUAUUCGGGCAGUAGUGAUUUCUCCGACUCGUGAAUUGGCAGAACAGAUUGCCGUUGAGGCGCAAAAGAUCACCCGUGGCUCAGGUCUCAAAGUACAAACUGCGGUGGGAGGAACGCGGAAAAGAGAAGGGUUGAUGAGACUUCAAAGAGAAGGUUGCCAUAUCCUGGUUGGAACUCCUGGUCGUCUGAUGGAUCUCUUCUCUGAUCCUGCUAGCGGAGUUGCUGCCCCAAAGCUGCAAGCUUUUGUCCUUGACGAAGCCGAUCGACUUCUCGAUAUUGGAUUCGCACCUGAUAUUGAACGUAUCCAGUCCUUCUUCCCAAGCCGUUCACAGGUUGACCGACAAACUCUGAUGUUCUCUGCCACCAUCCCAAACUCAGUGAAGGGCCUUGCUAGAAGCAUGCUCAAGCCUGAUUUCACAUUCGUCAACACAGUUGGUGACGAGACACCAACACAUUUGAGAGUCCCCCAGAGGGCCGUCUUCCUCAGAGGAUUUGAGAACCAGCUUCCUGCCCUCUUUGAGAUUGCUAAACGAGCUGUCCAGGCCCAUGCUGCCAAUCCGGAUACCGCAAUGCCUUUCAAAGCCGUAGUGUACUAUGGAUCUACUGCGGAAGUGAGCGUUGCUCGUCGUGCCUUUACUGCCUUGUGCAGGGACUUGGAGAGCUUUUACACCGGUCGAGCUCCUCGUAUUCAGACCAUCGAGAUGCACUCUCGCCUAACCCAGGCACAGAGAACAUUCAACUCUGACUCUUUCCGCCGUGCUACUACUGGAAUUCUCUUCUCGUCUGAUGUCACGGCUCGUGGCAUGGAUUUCCCAAAUGUCUCCCAUGUGAUUCAAAUGGGUGUCCCUAACGAUACGGAUACAUAUAUCCACCGUCUUGGACGUACUGCACGAGCCGAUAAAACCGGAGAGGGCUGGAUUCUGUUCCCUGACAUUGAAUUUGAUGCAUUUGGAGAGAAGCUCAGAAGCCUUCCUAUCAAGGAGGACACGUCCAUAGAGUCCGCAAGUGUAGACUUGACAAACCCAGCACAGUUCAGCGAAUCGAUUGCUUCGGUAUACGACACACUUUCAAAGCAGUUUAGCCGAAUAUUCGACGACGACAAGCAGAAGGCAUACCGCGCCAUGAACAACCAGAUGUCGAGGUACGACAAGAGGGAAUCCCGCCGCCUCCUUCACCAACUUGCUACCUCCAUCUGGGGCUAUCCCGAACCACCGUACUUGCCAGAGCCAUCGCCUUCUCGUUCUGGGGGCCGGUAUAACCGUAGCCAGAGAGGUGGUGGCGGCGGCUAUGGCGGAUAUUCUGACCGAAGAGGCGGAUCAUCCUAUGGCGGCCGUGGAGGAUCCAGGGGUGGAUCGUCCGACUUUGGUCGAGAUUACGGUCGAAACAGAGGCUCUGACCGCCGUGGAUAUCAGGGGGACAGACGCCGUAAUAGUCUCUGGGAGUAA